AUGAAAGGGGAUGCUGUCCACACAAAAAGCCCUAGGGACAGUCAAAUGAAAGGGGAUGCUGUCCACACAAAAAGCCCUAGGGACAGUCAAAUGAAAGGGGAUGCUGUCCACACAAAAAGCCCUAGGGACAGUCAAAUGAAAGGGGAGGCUGUCCACACAAAAAGCCCUAGGGACAGUCAAAUGAAAGGUGAUGCUGUCCACACAAAAAGCCCUAGGGACAGUCAAAUGAAAGGGGAUGCUGUCCACACAAAAAGCCCUAGGGACAGUCAAAUAAAAGGGGAUGCUGUCCACACAAAAAGCCCCAGGGACAGUCAAAUGAAAGGGGAUGCUGUCCACACAAAAAGCCCCAGGGACAGUCAAAUGAAAGGUGAUGCUGUCCACACAAAAAGCCCUAGGGACAGUCAAAUGAAAGGGGAUGCUGUCCACACAAAAAGCCCUAGGGACAGUCAAAUGAAAGGGGAGGCUGUCCACACAAAAAGCCCUAGGGACAGUCAAAUGAAAGGUGAUGCUGUCCACACAAAAAGCCCCAGGGACAGUCAAAUAAAAGGUGAUGCUGUCCACACAAAAAGCCCUAGGGACAGUCAAAUGAAAGGGGAUGCUGUCCACACAAAAAGCCCUAGGGACAGUCAAAUGAAAGGUGAUGCUGUCCACACAAAAAGCCCCAGGGACAGUCAAAUAAAAGGGGAUGCUGUCCACACAAAAAGCCCUAGGGACAGUCAAAUGAAAGGGGAUGCUGUCCACACAAAAAGCCCUAUGAGUUUCAAUGUGCCAACACAUAAAUCAGGUCUUUGUGGGAUUAUUUCUGAACAACAUUUGAGUUCACUAAGCAUAAGAAACAUUAUGAGUUUCCACAAGUUUUAA